GCCGCCCGAACUGUCCAUCCAUUCAUUACAUUGCUUCUAAAUAACUUUAUCGAAUUAAGUGUUUUUGAAUGUGUGCAUGUGUAAUGUAUGAAAUUGUUUGACUGAUUUUAUCUACGAUAAUUGUUCAAUCCAACAGUAAACGUGAGAUAUGCCGAGAGAAUAAAUAUCUAGGAACAAUCUUUUUAAUUCGUGUUGCAUUCCGAACAUGAUUUGUGAUGCGCAUGACAGUAACACGUAAACUGCAUGUUUAUUUUUGAUAACGCUUUAACACGAAUUAAACCCUUGCAAAUAUUUAAUUGUAGAUCGUUUACUGUGUAUAAGAUGGAGGACCAGGAGAUGCAACUGAAAGUUAAAAGAGUGACUGACAAAUUCACGGAGAACAUGUACGUGUUGGCAAACGAGCCAUCAGUGGCUCUUUAUCGACUGCAAGAACACGUUAGAAGGUCCCUCCCAGAGCUAGUACAACACAAAACAGAUAUGCAGAGCUGGGAGGAGCAAAGCCAAGGAGCAAUCUACACUGUGGAAUAUGCAUGCAGUGCAGUGAAAAGCAUGACAAACAGCAGCCUGUACUUCAAAAGCAUCGAUGGCCUCCUUCGUCAAGCCAUCAGCAUGAAGGAACAGAUCAGCACCUCCCAGGGGCGCAGCGCACAUGAAGCGACCCCCUCUCCCAUUCCCACUGCCACUCCACCACAUCCCCCAUCCACUUCCUCCUGACCUCUGGAAGACACUGUCCAAGCAGGAGAAGAACCACAGACCCAAGAGUGCUGAAGGAAGGAGGAGAGAAACACAGCUCUGGGACAUGAUGAUGAUGACGACAUUGUGACAUUGUAGUGAGGCUCUGGCCAAGUUUCCUCUGAAAGGGAGCUGUGGGGUCAGGUCAUUCACCCUACCAUCACAAUGGUGCCCUGCCCCCACCACCUCAACAAGAGACUCAAUGGAAUGGAAAGCCAGCAGCUUUGCCAGGACAUACAUUAACAUGUCAAAGAAGUCAUUAUUUUGGGCCUUGUGUAUCAAUCAAUUGGAGGGGCUCUGAAAGUAGUGACUUUUGCCUCUGCUGCAAAUUAACUGGAAUAUAUCUGUAGGAAUCUAAAUUAAGUUUUCCUUUCUAGGGUCACAACUAUUUGGUAGAAGCUGUUAAUUGUUUAGCCGUUGGUCUAAAUGUAUGUAAUGUCUGAUAAUUUAGCUAAAGCAGAUUUCAUUUAAAAGCUUGCACGUGAGGUUCAUUUGUAUUUAUUAUGGAACCCCAUUAGCUGCUGCCAAAGCAACAGCUACACUUCUUGGGAUCCAGCGAAAAUGAAUGCAGUAAUAUAUAUUAGAAUAUAAUUUUAAACAUUAAAAUAAAUGUUACAACAUAUUAACUGUCUCUCUGGAGGCCACUACUCUAAUGCAACACGCUAUCCAGGUGUGUGUACCUGUGUGUGACCCUUCAGUCCUCACUGUUCCAUAAGGUGUAUUUGUCUUUUUUAAAUCUGACUUUAUUGCUUUUGGGAGUUACUUGAUGUGGAAUAGUUAUGUGGGCUGACUACUGUGUACAUAACGCUACCAAAUAUGUAGCAGUUUGUUACUUUUGAUUUUGCCAAUGAGUUUGGGGUGACAAGUGUUAAGACCAGCUGGAUGCAGAUUGCUUUGGUCCACAAUAUGUCCUGGUCAUUAACUAGGCCUUACUGUUAUUUGUUGUUGGUCUUACCUGCUAAGUAUACUGAAACCCCAAGGCAAAAUAGUCCGAUGGCCACAUGUCGGACAGCUCGGCUAUCCAAUAGGAACCAGUCUGCUCUGUGGGAGGAAAUGAAGCAAAUGCAUCAGUUACAUGACCAUACUAUUAAUGGAAAGUGCUAAAUGAUGUAUUUAGACCAAAAUAAAUUCAAGGUUGCAA